UUCUCUUUUUAUAUCGGUCGAAUCUCCACGUAAAAUGGGUUGGAUACUGGAACUGUUGCUUUUCGUUUGUGCAGGCGUUCUAGCUACUAAAAAGGAUGGUGAUAAUUCCAAUAGCAUUGUAUUAAAAGGCAGAGUUAUAUCGAUGAACAUCUCCACAUCGGGCUUACACGAUGCAGUGGGAGAUACUCUAGUACCAGGACCGGGAUUCCUUCAGGAAAUCAAAGUCGGCAAUAUUCCAAAUCUCAAAGGUCCGCUAUUGCCGGCUCUUGGUAAGGAUGUUGUCAUUACGAGCGAGAGCACGCAUUCGAAAAACGGUGAGAAGAAUACUAUUAACUCCAGAAUCCAAUCGGUGACGAAUAAGCCCAGAUUGAAUCUGCGUGAUUUAUUGAAAUCUCCACCUCUAAACAAAUUCAAAGUGUCCCCUAAAUCGGCGUCAGGAUGAAUGAAUGAAUAAGCCUGGAGUCAAAUAAAAUUGGCGCCAGUGAUCAAUCUACGUCCAUUUUUAAAGUUUGAUGCAGUCCCAGAGUAUUUAGACAAAAUGUAUUUUUUAAUAAAUGCAUUCUAGGUCUUAAUCCAAAUAUGAAAUCAAUAAAAGCUUAUAUCAAGCAUAA